UGAAGAACUGAGCGAUUUCCCGCCUUCGAGAGUUCUCUUCUUUUAUAUCUCGCCCGGUCGAUGAAGCAAACUUCAGAUAUUUUUCACUUCGAAAUUCUCCCACAACUCUCUGAAAAUCCAGAGCUCUAGGGUUUCGACCUCCGAAUCCGAUUAACUAGCGUUUGAACAACCCUUCUAACAAUCUCUGUUAGGGGUUCUUUCAGAAUACACCGUUUUCGUUUUUCGAAUUUGAGUGUAAUCUGGGUUUUGAGCUUCUGUGACCUGUAGCUGUAGCCUUCCCUGUAUCUGGGAACGAUGCACAUCAAGGAAAUCUGUCUGGAGGGGUUCAAAUCCUACGCGACGAGGACUGUUGUACCGGGUUUCGAUCUUCACUUCAAUGCAAUUACUGGGCUUAACGGUUCUGGAAAGUCCAAUAUUCUCGAUUCGAUUUGCUUUGUUCUGGGAAUUACCAAUUUGCAGCAAGUUCGAGCUUCGAAUCUUCAGGAGCUAGUGUACAAGCAGGGGCAAGCGGGUAUUACCAAGGCAACUGUGUCGAUUGUGUUCGAUAAUUCUGAGAGGAAACGGAGUCCACUUGGGUAUGAGGAUCACCAGGAGAUUACAGUGACCAGACAGAUUGUGGUUGGAGGGAGGAACAAGUAUCUGAUCAAUGGGAAGCUUGCGCAGCCUGUUCAAGUUCAAAAUCUUUUCCACUCAGUGCAGCUUAAUGUUAAUAAUCCACACUUUCUGAUUAUGCAAGGCCGCAUCACCAAAGUCUUAAAUAUGAAACCGCCGGAAAUUUUAUCUAUGCUUGAAGAAGCUGCAGGGACAAGAAUGUACGAGACAAAGAAAGAGGCUGCUUUGAAAACACUUGACAAGAAGCAAAAUAAGGUAGAUGAGAUCAAUAAUCUUCUUGACAAGGAGAUACUGCCUGCUCUAGAGAAGCUGAGGAAAGAACGAAUGCAGUACAUGCAAUGGUCAAAUGGCAAUGCUGACUUAGAUAGGCUUAAGAGGUUUUGCAUAGCCUAUGAAUAUGUGCAGGCUGAGAACGUAAGGGAUAAUGCAGUUAGUCAGGUAGAACAAAUGAAGGCAAAGAUUUCAGAGAUUGAUGACAGUACAGUAAGGAUGCAGUCGGAAAUAAAAGAUUUGGAGACAAAAAUCACCACAUUGGUUGCAGAAAAGGAAGCCAAUAUGGGGGGUGAAGUAAAAACUUUAACAAAUAAAGUAGAUCUGCUAUCUAAUGAUCUGAUUAGGGAAACGACUGUACUGGAGCAUACAGAAGACACUCUCAAGGGUGAAAAGGAAAAUGCUGAAAAGAUGAUUAGUAAUAUAGAAGAUUCAAAAAACUCUGUGGAAGAGAGAGCCUCUGCUGUUAGAAAGGCUGAAGAAGGAGCUUCUGAUCUAAGAAAAUCAGUUGAAAAGCUGACUAAGAACUUGGAAGAUUAUGAGAAAGAAUAUCAGGGAGUAUCAGCUGGCAAGGGAAGUGGAGAUGAGAAGAAAUGUCUUGAAGAUCAACUAGGCGAUGCUAAAGUAGCUGUUGGGAGUGCUGAAACCGAACUAAAACAAUUGAAAACAAAAAUAAGCCAUUGUGAAAAGGAACUUGCGGAGAAAACUAAGCAAUUAUUGUCGAAGCGUGAAGAAGCUAUUUCUGUAGAGAAUGAGUUAAGUACUAAAAGAAAAGAUGUAGAGAAUGUCAAGCUUUCGUUGGAGUCUCUCCCAUAUAAAGAGGGCCAGUUAGAAGCUUUACAAAAGGAACGUGCAUUUGAAAUGGAGAGAGUACAAAAGCUGAAAGAUGAGAUACGCAACCUUUCAGCACAAUUAGCUAGCGUUGAAUUCAAAUACCGUGACCCUGUAAAAAAUUUUGAUAGGUCAAAGGUCAAAGGAGUAGUUGCAAAACUUAUCAAAGUAAAAGAUAGUUCUGCAAUGACCGCCUUAGAGGUCACUGCCGGUGGAAAAAUGUUUAAUAUAGUUGUAGACAAUGAAAAUACUGGAAAGCAGUUGCUUCAGAAUGGUGAUCUUCGGAGGAGAGUAACAAUUAUACCAUUGAGUAAGAUACAAUCUAAUCCCGUUCCCCCAAGAAUUCAACAUGCUGCUGUCAAAUUGGUUGGGAGGGAGAAUGCCGAACUUGCACUUUCUUUAGUUGGGUAUGAAGAAGAAUUGAAGAGUGCAAUGGAGUAUGUAUUCGGUUCAACCUUUGUUUGCAAAAAUAUUGAUGCUGCAAAAGAGGUUGCUUUUAAUAGAGAAAUUCACACCCCAAGUGUUACACUUGAAGGUGACAUUUUUCAGCCGAGUGGUCUAUUGACUGGAGGAAGUCGCAAGGGUGGUGGUCAAUUGUUGAGGCAGCUUCAUGAUUUGAAGGGGAUGGAAGCCGAACUUUCCAUGCAUCAGAAAAAAUUAUCUGACAUUGAAGCAAAGAUUUCAGAGAUCCUUCCACUCCAAAAAAAGUUUGUGGACUUAAAGGCGAAGUUAGAGCUUAAGAUGAAUGAUCUCUCGUUAUUUCAGACAAGAGCAGAGCAAAAUGAGCAUCAUAAGCUUGGUGAAUUGGUGAAGAGGAUUGAGCAGGAGCUUGAAGAAGCAAAAGCUACUGCCAAAGGAAAGGAACUUGAAUAUAAGGAUUGUGUGAAUGCUGUUUCGUUGCUUGAAAAAUCAAUCAAAGAGCAUGACAAUAAUCGAGAAGGAAGGUUAAAAAACCUUGAGCAAAUGAUUAAGGCGACGAAAUCUAAACUGCAGUCAUGUUUAAAGGAUUUAAAGGGGCAUGAAAAUGAAAGGGAGAAGCUUGUCAUGGAAAUGGAAGCUGUUGUACAAGAGAAGGCAACAUUAGAGGCUCAAUUAAUUGCUAUGAAAACACAAAUUAACAAUUUAACCUUGGAACUAGAAGAAAAGAGGGCCAAGGUACUUUCCAUAAAAAGUAAAAAUGAUCUGGCUCAGUCUGAGCUCGAUGCAGUCCGUUUGAAGAUGAAGGAAUGUGAUUCCCAAAUCAGUUGCAUUGUCAAAGAGCAGCAAGAACUUCAACAUAAACUUAGUGAAAUGAGUAUUGAGAAGAAGAAAAUGGAAAAUGAUGUAAAACGAUUACAGAUGGAAAGGAAAGAUUGUUCUGUUCGAGUGGACAAAUUGGUUGAGAAACAUGCAUGGAUUGCAUCUGAGAAACAGCUAUUUGGAAAAAGUGGAACUGAUUAUGAUUUUGAAUCACGUGAUCCUUGUAAAGCUAUAGAAGAACUCGAAAGACUGCAGGCUCAACAAUCCAGCCUUGAGAAAAGGGUGAACAAGAAAGUAAUGGCAAUGUUUGAGAAAGCGGAGGAUGAGUACAAUGAUUUGAUGUCCAAGAAGAACAUCAUCGAGAACGAUAAGUUUAAAAUAAAGAAGGUGAUCGAGGAAUUAGAUGAGAAAAAGAAGGAAACCUUGAAAGUGACUUGGGUAAAAGUUAACAGUGACUUCGGUUCCAUUUUUUCUACAUUACUACCUGGGACCACGUCUAAAUUAGAGCCUCCUGAAGGUUGCAGCUUCUUAGAUGGUCUUGAAGUACGAGUAGCAUUUGGUGGUGUUUGGAAGCAGUCAUUAUCAGAAUUAAGUGGAGGUCAACGAUCUUUGUUGGCACUUUCUCUAAUUUUAGCAUUGCUUCUCUUCAAACCAGCUCCACUUUAUAUCCUGGACGAGGUUGAUGCAGCCCUUGAUUUGAGCCAUACACAGAACAUCGGGAGGAUGAUCAAGGCUCACUUCCCACAUUCACAGUUCAUCGUUGUUUCACUCAAAGAAGGCAUGUUCAACAAUGCCAAUGUACUUUUCCGGACCAAAUUCGUAGAUGGUGUUUCCACUGUUCAGAGAACUGCUACUGCUAAGCAAAACAAGUGAUCCUUAUAUUGUACAAGAUCUUAGUCCCUUUUACUUCUUUCUUAUUUCUGUGGAACAAAUGAUAUUUUUAUUGUUUUCCAUCAAACCCAUUACAAUGAUAUGUAAAUUAUUGCCAGAAAUUUCUGAACAUAUUAAACGAAAGUAUAUAGACGGCCGGCUUCAUUGACUGAGUAACACAGGUUGGUGAAUCUUCCUUGGAAAAAUAUAAAAGUUGGUGAAGACCGCUAGUGGUAAAUCGCCAAACGGUCUCCGAGUCAAAAAGUGUUGUGGAGACCAAAACUUUGAAAUCUGUUUCCUUGAAAGUGAAGCCCUCCCGUUAGCGUAUUGGGUUAGCCAAUAUAUAUACCCACCAAAGUCACUCUAAUCCCACACACAAUUUUGAGCUUUGUACAAUCACAAACCAAUGGCUUCACCUACAGCUUUGGUUGCUUGGAAGAAGGUUGCCUUCUUGGCUUUCCUUCUUAUUGCUGUCAGUGUUUCUGCAAGAGAACUUGCUGGGGCUAACGUUGUCACUCGCACAGCCCGUGAGAUGGCGACGGAGCCCAAUGGUGUGAUAGGAGGCAGCAGAUUAAUAGCUCGACAAUUGGAUACCGCUUGGAGAGGACAUUAUUCUCCUCCUCCUCCUCGUCGUUCUCCUCCUCCUCCUCCUCCUCCCCAUUCCUCCUAAGGGCAAGGUCUUGAGGUCUGUUGGUGUAUUUUAUCUUUAGUUACCCUUCUUUGCCCUUUUGGUGGGUUUGGAUAAUAAGGAUGUCUGAUCUUCAAGUUUUAUGAAUUUCUUUUCCUGCAAGGUUGUGGCCUUUGAAGGCGUAGGUGUGUGUGUCGUUGGAGUUAAAUUCAAGCUUAAUAAUCAGAGUUUAAUAGCAUACUACUCUUGUUGUUUACA